CCUGGCUCUGCCAUUACGUCCAGUGGUUUCUCCAUUUCUCCUCCCCCUUUCUUUUCCCUUUUAUUUGCUCCCAUAACGCUGUGUGACCAUAUUCAAUCACUCAGCCACUUCUCACUAUCCUCCUCCUUCCUCCAGUCUCUCCUCCCCCAUUUCUCUUUGUUGCAGGGUGUGAGUGUUUGGUGUAGCUGCAGUGAAGGAGCUGUGCUCAGCAUCCUGUAUCCCUCCAUCACCAAAACAGACAGAACAGGGGUGUCAAACCUUUUUUUCUUUCCUUGGCCACAUUGGAAGAAGAGGAAUUGUCUUGGGCCACGCAUAAAAUACACUAACAAAAAGGAUAGCUGGCAGCACAAUGAAAGGGGACACCCCUGUGAACAGCACACUAAGCGUUGGGCAGGCCAGAAAGCUUGUGGAGCAGCUAAAAAUCGAAGCAUCUAUGUGUCGUAUUAAAGUCUCAAAGGCAGCAUCGGACCUCAUGACAUUCUGCGAUGCUCACGCGUGUGAAGAUCCACUCAUCACUCCAGUGCCCACUUCUGAAAACCCAUUUAGGGAAAAGAAGUUUUUCUGUGCCCUCCUCUGA